AUGUCAUCCCACUCUACCACUUCCACACCUUCCUCUCCCCCUCGUACGCCUCUCCCUUCUUCACCAAACUUCAAAUUCACCUUACCUACUCCACCUUCAUUCUCCGCACAUCGAUCCAGCUCCCACUCGAGAAACACCUCAUCUACCAAUCUCGCCGACUUACCCCACCAGCACGAUGAUACCAGUCGACAUUCCAAGCGGAUGAGUAUAUCUUCUAUCCAUGAUCCCAUCGUGGACAAUAGCGAAAAGAAAGAUAGGAGAGUAUCAUUUUCGAUCGAAACUAAUAAACCUAUCUCGAGACCUUCUACUACCACUAGUACUGCUCCACCAUCAGGUGGAAUGAAAUCACCAAUCUACAGAAUACCUCAACGUCAAAAGUCUCAUCAACAUAAAGAAGGGGAAGAGAUAUUGAACAGUCCUGAAAUACCACUUACUCCACCUCCGACGAAACGUAGACCAAUCUCUUUCCAAGGUGUGUCACCUGGAUCGACUAGGUUUUCGAAUAUGGCUGCAUUGAAAGGAAUCUCGAUCGAUCAAUCUCUCUCAUCUCCCAAAGGAGCUUUCUCGAGGUCCAUCUGGUCAGCGGGGAUCUUACCUUCCUCUUCAUCUAAAUCAGGUUGGAUAUCCUCCGCAGGUUCAGCAGGACCAGCCGGUGCUAAAUCGAUUUCUUCAACUCUGAAAUCACCUUUACCCAUUACUACUAGUACCGUUGCUACUGGCGAGCCUCUCAAAAGCCCGAGCGGAUCGGGGAAGAAGGGAACAGCGAGUGAGAUCGCCAAAGCGAGAGGAUUGAGUAUAGCGAUCAUAAAAGAGAAUGGAAAAGGGGUUUUACCGAUCACUCCUGGUUUGAUGACUGCUUCAUCAGCUGGCGGAUUGAAGAGUCCAAUCGUAACAGUGGGAGGAUUGAAAAGUCCUGAUAUAAAGAUUAUAAAACAUAUCAAUGCUAUUGGUGAUGUUGAAAACGGGUUAAGCUCAGCAGGAAGUAUCGGUAAGAAAGAGAUCAUCUUGUGUAAAUUCUAUCAUACACCUGGAUUAACCUGUACUUCCCGACCAUGUCGAUUCGUCCACAACCUAUCUUCCAUCCAAGCUCAACUCGGAUCUGCAUAUCCUCAAUCUGCCACAGGUGCGCUAAGUGGAUUCAGGAUGUUGAGUCCCAAUCGACCUGAUCCCACUUCGGGAACGUUCGCCCAAGCUCAAAUGACACCUUCGACCGCUACUGAUUUCCCGAGAAAGACCGUCAAGGUGACCGAAGACGGGGGGAUGGAUUUGGGCGAUGUCAUGCCUGGGGAGAAGGUCUUGAUCGAAGAUGAGAAUGGUGAAGAGGUGGUGGGACAGGUAUUCUUCAUGAGUGGGGGUGGAAAGGGUGCGAUGGGUAAGAGCAGAGAGAAGUGGAAGACUGUGCCUUGUAAAGACUUCGCUGAAGGUCAUUGUCCGUAUGGAGAUUACUGCUCUUUCAUCCACGACGAGAAGUUACCCGCCGGCUUGCUCAACGAGGAGUCGAAGACCGAAGAGGACCCUCAACCCGAUGAGAAGAGAGCUGAAGUCAACGAAGGGAAACCCGCUCAACAACAUCGACUGACUCAUCGAAAAUCUGCUUCUUUGAGCAGCUCCCUCACAGCUUGGACCAAAGCUCUUCCCAAAGCCAUCCUGGUCCCCUCGGUCAAAGUCGAUCCUCAAGUACUUCAAAAGACUGAAGGACACUUAUCGGCUUUUGCCCCUCCAUACCUCAAAGAGCCCAUCGCUGUAGACGAGACUGGCGAUUUGAUUCCCGCCUCUCAGUCUAUCGAGGCGAUAAAAGCAUCAGCCACUACUCCACCUGCUCGAGCUAAAGAACCAUUAGCUAUACCUAUGGAACCCACCAUCACCGCUCCAACCAAAAUUACGGCUUGGGCUAAAGGUCCUCCACCCAACUUGAGGAAAGUGGCUAGUAUCAAGAAUCUCUCUUUGACCCCUCAUCCUCGUUCUCACGAAAAAAGUAGCGGACUUACACCCACUUCAGCAAAUCAUCUGAUGCCCCCCGUAUCCGCUAUAUCAAUGUUCGGUACGGAAUCCGAUCCAGCAACGCCCUUUGAUCCGGUCGUCCAACGAAGGAAAUUGCAAGAGUUGGAAGAUGCCUUGAAUGAUCUACCUAAAUCAAAUUUAUUUCAACGAUUCGAACACGAUCAAGGUCUCUUGCCUCUGCCUAUCAUGCCUACUUCGCCUUCUCAGGGAUAUCAUCCUGCUCCCGCCGCCGGUGGAAAUCAGGGAAAUAGUAUAUUGAAUUCUACUACGUACCCCUGGGGAAUGCCAAUGUCACCUUUACCUGGACAUGGCGAUCCGACUGUCCCAUUGAUUCCCGGUGGACUCGGGGUGAUUUGGACACCUACCGGAUGGGCUGUACAGGAUGCAGCUAUGAAGAAUGCCCUCAGAUCGGCUGAGGUUAAAGCUAGAUAUGGUGAGGAUACCAAGAGGAGAACGGCCAAGAACUAUUUCAGGACUAAACCAUGCAAAUUCUUUGCCGAGGGUUAUUGUCCACACGGUGAUGAAUGCACAUAUAUGCACGUCAUGGUCCCCUCAUCACCUGAACAAUCAUCUUCUUCAGAAAGUGAAUCAGGAGCAUCAAUUGGCCAAACAUUCUCUUCACCUACUUCACCAUACGGUACUAUUCAACAACCGAAAACCGUACAUCCGAAACAUCAGACCUUACCAUGUAAAUUUUACAACUCAUCAUUGGGAUGUAAUAAUGGCGAUCGAUGUAAUUUCUUACAUACCCGUGUUGUACCCGAGAGUGUGAUGAUGGUUGAAAGACCUAGACCAUGGAGGACGAAACCGUGUAGACAUUAUCAACUGAAUCGAUGUACACUAGGUGACGCAUGUCAUUUCGCUCAUGUACUUGAUCCUGCUUGGGUGAAUUCAGGAUACCAUUCUCAAUAUCAGACCAGUCAUCCACAGCAACAAUUGACGGAAGAGAGUUUGGAGAAAACUUUGGAAGAGAUGAGGAACGGAAAGAAUGAGAUGAGGGGAGCAGACGAUGAUGAAGAUGAGGAUGAAGAUGAUGUUGAGAUAAUAACGGCUGUAGGAGAUUUGACAUUCUCUUCAACAAGUUACAGUCCACCUUCUUCCGUUCGAGUUUGA